GACAUUAAAGCUGAAUUCUCAAUGGUUAAAGUAAAGGUUGAUAUUCCAGCCUGAUGUCUCCAGUGGUGGAAAGGAGAACAUCAGAUCCGCGCUGAAAUCAAGUUCAUCGUGUUUUUGAAAGUUUAGAUGAGGAAUCAUGAAGAAGCUGCUGAGUUUCAUGGUUCUGUUGGGAAUAACUCUACAUAACGUGGCGGCAGUGAAACAUUCCCUGAGAUAUUUCCGUACUGCUACCUACGGAGUCCCAGGCUUUCCAGAGUUUGUUGCGGUUGCAACAAUAAAUGAAGUUCAGAUGGGAUAUUAUGACAGCAACAUCAAGACCGUCAAGCCCAAACAAGACUGGAUGAUGAAACUGUUUGAAAAUAAUCCCAACCACCUGAAGUGGUAUUCUCAGAGGUGUCUUCAAAGUCAACAUGUAUUUAAAGCAGACAUGAAUAGCUUGAAGCAACGUUUAAACCUCACUGAAGGUCCCUACAUUUUGCAGAUAAUGGAUGGCUGUGAGUGGGAUGAGGAGACUGGAGAAAUUACAGGAUAUGAUCAGUAUGGUUAUAAUGGGGAAGACAUCUUAGCCCUGGACCUGAAGACCCUGACAUGGAUUGCUACCAAACCACAAGCUGUACUCACAAAACUCACAUGGGACACCAUGAAAGCUAGAUUAGAAGAGUAUAAACAUUUUUACUUCUAUAUAUGUUCCGACUGGUUAAAGAGAUAUGUUCAUCAUGGGAGGAGCUUUCUGCAGAAGAAAGAAAGACCCUCUGUGUCUCUGCUCCAGAGGACUCCCACCUCUGUGGUGACCUGCCAUGCUACAGGUUUCUACCCCGAAACUGCUGACAUUUUCUGGAGAAGAGAUGGAGAAGAGAUUCAUGAGGCUGUGGAGAAAGGAGAGAUCCUUGCAAACAAUGAUGGAACCUUCCAGAUGAGUGUUGAGUUAAACGUUUCAUCUGUCCAGCCUGAAGACUGGAAGAGAUACGACUGUGUGUUUGAGUUCUCUGAUUUUAAAGACAACAUCAUCGUCAAAUUGGAUAAAUCCACAAUCCGUACAAAUUGGGGUAAGGGUUGUUUUAAUCCCUUAUAUGCUGAUAAAUGUUCGCAAAUAAUGAUCCACUCCCUGAAGUAUCUCUACACGGCAUCGUCUCAAGUCCCAAACUUGCCAGAGUUUGUGGCUGUUGGUUUGGUUGAUGAUGCCCCGAUAAUUUACUAUGACAGCAUCACCCAGAAAUGUGUUCCUAAACAGCACUGGAUGAAUGAUGCCGUAGAUCCAGAGUUCUGGGAGAGACAGACUGGGGAGUUUCUGGGUCACCAGCUGGAGAUCAAAGUCGAAAUUGAAAAUGCAAAGCAGCGUUUUGGCCAAACUGGAGGUGUUCACAUUAUGCAGUUAAUGUACGGCUGUGAGUGGGAUGAUGAGACUGGACAGGUUGCUGGCUUUAAACAGUAUGGCUAUGAUGGGGAAGACUGGCUAAUAUUGGACAUGAAGACAAACACCUGGGUUGCUUCAAAACAACAGGCUGUAAUUACUACAAACCAAUGGAACAAUAACAGAGCUAAGCUGGACAAAGAUAAGAACUACCUCAACCAAGUGUGUCCUGAGUGGCUGAAGAAGUAUGUUAACUAUCGAAGAAGUUCUCUAAUGAGAACAGAUCGUCCCUCAGUGUCCCUCCUCCAGAACUCUUCCUCCUCUCCAAUCAGCUGCUUUGCUACAGGUUUCUAUCCCAACAGAGCAGAAAUGUUCUGGAGGAAAGAUGGAGCAGAGAUCCAUGAUGGUGUGGAGAAAGGAGAGAUCCUCCCUAACAAUGAUGGAACCUUCCAGAUGAGAGUUGACGUGAACUUUCAAUCAUCUGAGGACUGGACCAAAUAUAAAUGUGUGUUUCAGCUCUCUGGUGAUAACAAUGACAAGGUCACUCCUCUGGACAAAACAAAGAUCGGGGUUAAUGAAGCACGUCUAGAGAAGCAGGAGCAGCGCUGA